AUGUUGAACGAAACCCUGGCUCGCAUCACACCAAACAUCACCUUCGAAACUCUCAAAAACGUCACCUUUGAAACCAUCACGGACCUCACCAUCGAGUCUCUCAUGACCUUCGCAGGCGCCGCAAUGGAUCGACUCGCCCAAUACGCCACGUUUCAUCCGUACCUUGCGGGAUUUCAAGUCGCCAGCAACCUACUCACCCUUUCGUAG